GCCGUGUGUGGCGCCUGCGCAUUUCCUUUCCCUUUCGGAUUCCGGACGAGGUGGUUGCAGUAAGGGGUUCUCCCUACGCCACGCGGCCGUCGCUAUGGUGAAGCUGAGCAAAGAGGCCAAGCAGAGACUGCAGCAGCUCUUCAAGGGGGGCCAGUUUGCCAUCCGCUGGGGCUUUAUCCCUCUUGUGAUUUACCUGGGAUUUAAGAGGGGUGCAGAUCCUGGAAUGCCUGAACCAACUGUUUUGAGCCUACUUUGGGGAUAAAGGAUUAUUUGGUCUUCUGGAUUUGGAGGCAAUCAGCGGACAGCAUGGAAGAUGUGUGCUCUGGCUCGGAUAAGAGAUGGGACAUCGUUCAGUCACUAGUUGGAUGGCACAAGGCUCUUCACAGAUGCAUCUGUAGCAGAGUGGAACUUGUACUAACUUAUGAUAGAAUGUAUCAGAAUAAAUGUUUUUAACAAUGUUA